AUGAGUCAUUGCAAGAGCUCCAGCAGCUCCCUCCCCAGCUGUGUCAGCACACACCUCGCUGCCGCCUCUCCCUCUGUCAGCCCCUCAGUCGCUCUUAGCGCCGCCAAGGAUCCGGCCACUUGCGCAUGCCCGCCACCGCCUCGUCAAACAUCUCCACCAGAUACUCCACAUGCGCGCCCCUCUUCCCUCCCCCUGUUCCUCCUACCUCCUGCCCCUCCUCCUACCCCUGCCCCUCCUCCUACCCCUGCCCCUCCUCCUACCCCUGCCCCUCCUCCUACCCCUGCCCCUCCUCCUACCCCUGCCCCUCCUCCUACCCCUGCCCCUCCUCCUACCCCUGCCCCUCCUCCUACCCCUGCCCCUCCUCCUACCCCUGCCCCUCCUCCUACCCCUGCCCCUCCUCCUACCCCUGCCCCUCCUCCUACCCCUGCCCCUCCUCCUACCCCUGCCCCUCCUCCUACCCCUGCCCCUCCUCCUACCCCUGCCCCUCCUCCUACCCCUGCCCCUCCUCCUACCCCUGCCCCUCCUCCUACCCCUGCCCCUCCUCCUACCCCUGCCCCUCCUCCUACCCCUGCCCCUCCUCCUACCCCUGCCCCUCCUCCUACCCCUGCCCCUCCUCCUACCCCUGCCCCUCCUCCUACCCCUGCCCCUCCUCCUACCCCUGCCCCUCCUCCUACCCCUGCCCCUCCUCCUACCCCUGCCCCUCCUCCUACCCCUGCCCCUCCUCCUACCCCUGCCCCUCCUCCUACCCCUGCCCCUCCUCCUACCCCUGCCCCUCCUCCUACCCCUGCCCCUCCUCCUACCCCUGCCCCUCCUCCUACCCCUGCCCCUCCUCCUCCUACCCCUGCCCCUCCUCCUACCCCUGCCCCUCCUCCUACCCCUGCCCCUCCUCCUACCCCUGCCCCUCCUCCUACCCCUGCCCCUCCUCCUACCCCUGCCCCUCCUCCUACCCCUGCCCCUCCUCCUACCCCUGCCCCUCCUACCCCUGCCCCUCCUCCUACCCCUGCCCCUCCUCCUACCCCUGCCCCUCCUCCUACCCCUGCCCCUCCUCCUACCCCUGCCCCUCCUCCUACCCCUGCCCCUCCUCCUACCCCUGCCCCUCCUCCUACCCCUGCCCCUCCUCCUACCCCUGCCCCUCCUCCUACCCCUGCCCCUCCUCCUACCCCUGCCCCUCCUCCUACCCCUGCCCCUCCUCCUACCCCUGCCCCUCCUCCUACCCCUGCCCCUCCUCCUACCCCUGCCCCUCCUCCUACCCCUGCCCCUCCUCCUACCCCUGCCCCUCCUCCUACCCCUGCCCCUCCUCCUACCCCUGCCCCUCCUCCUACCCCUGCCCCUCCUCCUACCCCUGCCCCUCCUCCUACCCCUGCCCCUCCUCCUACCCCUGCCCCUCCUCCUACCCCUGCCCCUCCUCCUACCCCUGCCCCUCCUCCUACCCCUGCCCCUCCUCCUACCCCUGCCCCUCCUCCUACCCCUGCCCCUCCUCCUACCCCUGCCCCUCCUCCUACCCCUGCCCCUCCUCCUACCCCUGCCCCUCCUCCUACCCCUGCCCCUCCUCCUACCCCUGCCCCUCCUCCUACCCCUGCCCCUCCUCCUACCCCUGCCCCUCCUCCUACCCCUGCCCCUCCUCCUACCCCUGCCCCUCCUCCUACCCCUGCCCCUCCUCCUACCCCUGCCCCUCCUCCUACCCCUGCCCCUCCUCCUACCCCUGCCCCUCCUCCUACCCCUGCCCCUCCUCCUACCCCUGCCCCUCCUCCUACCCCUGCCCCUCCUCCUACCCCUGCCCCUCCUCCUACCCCUGCCCCUCCUCCUACCCCUGCCCCUCCUCCUACCCCUGCCCCUCCUCCUACCCCUGCCCCUCCUCCUACCCCUGCCCCUCCUCCUACCCCUGCCCCUCCUCCUACCCCUGCCCCUCCUCCUACCCCUGCCCCUCCUCCUACCCCUGCCCCUCCUCCUACCCCUGCCCCUCCUCCUACCCCUGCCCCUCCUCCUACCCCUGCCCCUCCUCCUACCCCUGCCCCUCCUCCUACCCCUGCCCCUCCUCCUACCCCUGCCCCUCCUCCUACCCCUGCCCCUCCUCCUACCCCUGCCCCUCCUCCUACCCCUGCCCCUCCUCCUACCCCUGCCCCUCCUCCUACCCCUGCCCCUCCUCCUACCCCUGCCCCUCCUCCUACCCCUGCCCCUCCUCCUCCCCCUGUUCCUCCUUCUGCUCCUGCUGCUCCCGUGCUCCCAUCACCACCAGCAGCGCCACCAGCACCACCACCACCGGCUGCUGCACCAGUGUCAUUGAUUCGCCCGUCACUGCUCGUUGGAAAGCUUGUGGUUACCACUUGCAGCAGCGCGGGUGGGUGGUCCCUCUGCUGCAGGAACGCCUUGAUGAGAUACUCGUAG